AAUUGUGUUUGUUUUUUAGCAGUAGGUAGUUUUUGAAGGAAAGUGUGCAAAGGUUCGAAUUGUGGAUAUGAUCUGCGGACGCGUUUUGCUCGUCGGCGCGGUUGCUGUUUUGGCAGCAAUCGGCAAUGCAAGAGAAGUGCCGAAUCGCAGAAAUGCUCCUCAUCAUCAAGACAUGAAGGCCUACAAUAGCCCAUUCAAUUUGCGUCAGUCAGCCGAAGUGCCUCGUUACACCGCCAAUAGUAACGAGAGUCCUGAGGGCGCCGGUCAACCCGACGGACCGUACUACGCUGGACAAGCCGAUGAGGCACCCGAUGAUUAUGCGUCCUACGAUCAAGAAGAGCAGGCGGAGAAUUCUCAAAAGGGUGAGGCACCCGAUGAUUAUGCGUCCUACGAUCAAGAAGAGCAGGCGGAGAAUUCUCAAAAGGGGUCGCCGUUCGGAGGCCCGUCCGGCGCCGACGACAGCCAAGAGGUGGAAGACACCCAGGGCGACGGCGGCCAAGGCGGCAAUCAGGGCGCCGACGGCAGCGAUUACAGCUUCCGCGACGAACCCUUCCCGGCGGACAUUGCCUUCAACUUCGAGGGCCAACUUCCGGCUGACUUGCGUCGCGAAUCAGUAGAAGAAUUGACAAAGGACGCGGUCAUCAACAACAACGACGACGACGACGACGACGACGACGACGGUGAGGAUGUCGACAGCCGUCAUCGUCGCCAAGCACGGAACGUUCGCAGCGUCCAGAGUGUGGACGCCCCCACGGUUUACCGUUUCCUGCCACCAGCGUCGCCUUCGGCCUUCCUCGACGGACGCCUUCAGCAGCAGCAGCAGCGGGACUCUCGACAGCAGUCCGACGUGGUGGACGACGCGGCGUCCGUGGCGACCAGCGGCGACUCGGGCAUUUUCAACGUGCCCGGCCGCCUCAUGGACUACCUCCGCCGGUCCACGUUCAACUUCCUCGGGUUGUUCAACCGCCAGACCGAGGACGGGAACGGCGGCAGUGUCGACGACGUCCAGGGCAACGAUGACGACGACUUCGUGCCGGAGUUGGCCGCCGUGCAAGCCCUUGCCACCGACGCGUUUGCGUCGGACGUCGAGCGAGACGUCGACGAUUACCGCGACAACGGCGGCAUCAGUGGCGUUGGUGGCGGCGGCCCAGCCGACAGCUUAGAGCCACAGUCUCUGUCGUCGUCGGUGUUUUACGACCCCUCGGCCACCGACUCUCUGAUGACGACAGAAAACGUCAAUAACGAGGCAGCCACGGCUGUUGACGCCGAGGACCCGACGGGCACAAGGUCGAGACCCGAUGAGAAUAACCCACGAGACCCAGUUUCUGCUGCUGCUCUUUGUCGCCGCAUCAUGUCGCAAUCGUCGUCGUCGUCAGCAGUGCCGUCUCCACAGCUCGUCGUCCCGCGUCGGGAUCGCGACUGCGCAGAAGCCCUGUUCUACGACGACGCGUCCCAGUCGCUGUCGACAAUAACACCCUAUGACGAGAGGGAAAACUAUGAGCAGGAAAACGAGCAACGAGGCAACAGCAACGAAGACGACGACAGGGACGCCCAGGCAGCGGCAGAUGACGGCGCCGUCGAAGAGGAUUCGACGACGGGACCCCGUCUCCGGCUACCAAACGGCGCCACCGGCAGUAAUAACGACGAUGACGGCGGUGGCGGCGGCGAAGAAGAAGAAUCGUCCACCGGCAUGCCCCCAAACGACGCCUGGGACGAUCAGUCCGACGAGAAUAGGGACCAGGACCACGUAAUCACGAUCCCGUCUCAGAAAAAAGUCGCGAAUAAAAAGAGGCCCGAGACCGGGGUUUCCCUCGAGGACUGGAUCGGAGACCCGAGAGAAGGGUUCCAAGAGUUCGAAGUGUACCGACUCGCGCCGAACUCCAACCCUAGGUUCGACUCGUCGUCUUCUUACGCGAAAGCUAUGAAUAAGAAGAAGAAGAAGCGAAGGAAGGAAGAACACAUGAUGGAAACAUCCCAGUCGGGUGACGACGAGAGGAGGAACCCGGCGUCAUCGUUAUUUGACGAUGUUCCCCCGGGGUUCCAGGACGAGCACCCGUUAAGAGUUGCCGGCAGACCCAAGUCAAAGGAAUACGGACUCGGGCUCUACGGCUUCAAACCCGUCCCCAUCGAGAAUGCCUUCAGGAUAUACGAAGACGAUUACACUGAGAACGUCGUGAAUGACGAUUAUCCUGUCGAGAUGAAAAGAAGCGCGGCGACGAUCAGGGAUCAUACUUCUGGUGUCAAACCCGAGCCCUCCUUAUUAUCGGCAAAGACGACGAAGCAUGGCCGCCAAGGUCCGCGUUGGUCCCAUCAGCAAAAUAAUAAACAACAUCGUCGUCAGAAACGUCAGGCAUUUUCCAUUUUCAAUCCCGACGACGAGGAUUUCAGGAAUUUCGCUUCUCCCGCGAUGCAAUUUCCUCGCGGGACUCAAAAGAAUCAACGACACCGUGACGUAAUGCCACCAAUCAGGUUCCCUGCGUCGGUGUCAUCGUCGCCGUUUUCGCAGCAUACCGUCGUCAGGAAUCCAGCAGUAGCUGACGAUUACGACGCGAGUUCAGAGCAGUUCCGGUUCUGGUCGGAUCUAAAGAACCCCGGGACCGGAUAUGACUCGAAUGACGACGAAUCCUCGAAACAACAGCCGGAAUUAAGCGGCGAGGAACUUCCUCGUCAUCAUCCGGGUCAGCUGCAGAACGCGGAAGCGACUCUGUUCCGAGAGGACUUCCUGAAUUACUACCAGCAGCCACGCCAACAGGAUUAUGUUGUGGGUGCUGCUAAUGCUGGGGUAGUGCGGAAAUUCAUCCGACAACCGGUCGGGCCGACAGGAAGCGACGAGUUCGUCGAAGCGCCGACUUUCGGACUGGGUCCUAAUCAAAUGCAGGACCAGCAUCAGCUGCAACACGGGAGACGAAGUUCUCCUCUCUAUCCGUCAGCAGAGAUCAGCGACGCAGAAGCGCAGAAAUCAAACGGAUUCAUUUCCGGAGUUCCGCAAAACUUCCCUUCGCUGAAUGAUUUCAAUGCUUUUUCGGGAAAAUUCGACGACGCAGGUGAAGCAGGUCAGCAACAAGGUGACGAAGGAUCGCCCAUCGGCAACGGGAACAAUGCCUCAGACCAGGGCUCUGAUUACGAGGACUCCGCCGGCGGCCAAGGCGACGACCCCAGCUUCAACUCGCCUUCCUUGAACAGCCCACCGGCGCCCGUCAGGUCAAGCUAUGGCCAGCAAGUCGGGUCAUUCCGCGGGCAGCAACGUUCGCAGCAGAAGCGCCACCAGCAGCACCUCCGCUCAACCCACUACCAACCUGGCAUGCCAUCCUCUCAUGGAGAUUCUGUCGGUUGCCCGGUUGGAAUUCCGCCGCCGGGAUUCCGGCGUCCACCGCCGCCGGGCACCGCAGCGCAGACUUACCGACUGCCGCCUCAUCGGCGCCUGGCCGCCAUCCAGCGACAUCGGGCGUCCACAGCAGCCGCGUCGAGUCACGACAGCAUCAAUAACAACAACUCGGGUGGACUCUCCCCGGAGAAACUCGCCAUUUUGGGUUCCGGAAACUUCGACAUCAUCACCGGUGGACUGUUUGUGGGCGAGACCGUGCUGUCCGACGACGAUGACGAGGAAAGCGAGGCGGAUGCUGACGACGACGACGACGGCGGUGCGUACGUGGGGAAUUCGUUUAGGCCCACGAGAGGUCGCCGGAAGCGACCGCCGACGAGGAUUCAUCCGAACGACAUCUUGUCCAACUUCCGGGACUUUGCCGAGAUUCAUUAUCGAGGGGCGUUGAGUCAGAACGACGCUGUCGUCAUGGCUGUCGACUCCCGAUGA